GUGCGCUCAAACACAGCUGUACUUGUUCAAUCACACGCACUCCUGUCAGAUCGAGGGCACUGUAACAACUCAGCUUGUUCCUGAGGAAAUAUUUAACACAUUUAUUAACAGUUAGACUAUAUUAUAGAUGCACGACUUCACGUUGGUGAUCUCUGAAAACUGACUUUAUUAUUGACCCCCGCCCGUGCUGCUCGGACGUUGCGCACUGACCAUCAGAGACGCAAUAACUUUACACAGUUGUUCGUUUCUGAGGAGCUGAGGCAGUGAUGGAGUCCACGCGGUGCUUCUGUGCUUUAAUUUUCACGCUGAUGUUUUCUGUUCAUUAUUCCCAGGGCAUGGAGAUGAACAUGGAUAUUUCACCAGACAAACUGCUUGUACUUACCGUUGCCACACAAGAGACUGAUGGUUUUCUGCGAUUUAUGCAGUCAGCCAACUACUUUAACUACACUGUGAAGGUGCUGGGAAUGGGGGAGACUUGGAAGGGAGGAGAUGUCGGUCAUUCCAUUGGUGGUGGUCAGAAGGUUCGCUUACUGAAGGAAGCCAUGGAGUCUCUAGCUGAUCAAGAGGACAUGGUGAUUCUUUCUGUGGACAGUUAUGAUCUCAUUUUUGCUGGUGGACCUCAGGAGAUUUUAAGAAAGUUCCAGCAGUCCAAUCAUAAGGUGGUGUUUUCUGCAGAUGGUAUUAUCUGGCCAGAUUCACGACUUACAGAGAAGUACCCACCAGUUCGCAAUGGGAAACGCUUUCUUAACUCUGGAGGCUUUAUUGGCUAUGCACCAUAUAUAAACAAGAUUGUAAACCAGUGGGACCUUCAUGACAACGAUGACGAUCAGCUGUUUUACACAAAGAUCUACGUGGACCCACUUAAGAGGGAAAAGCUCAAUAUGACCUUGGACCACAAGUGUGAGAUGUUCCUAAAUUUAAACGGUGCAGUGGAUGAAGUUCUACUGAAAUUUGGGACGGAGCGAGUGCGAGUGAGGAACACAGUCUACAACAGCCUGCCAGCUGUAAUACACGGAAAUGUGAACACCAAGAUAUACUUGAAUUAUUUGUCUAACUACAUCCCCAAUGUGUGGAACUAUGAGCAAGGCUGUACCAGCUGUGACCAUGACGUGGUGGAUUUGUCUCAGCUUGAAAUGUUUCCACGGGUGACUGUUGGUGUAUAUAUUGAGCAGCCGACCCCAUUCCUGCCAGAAUUCCUACAGAGACUCCUGACUCUAGAUUAUCCCAAAGAUAAACUGGAUGUCUUUGUUCAUAACAGUGAGGUUUACCACGAGAAGCACAUACAGAAAUUCUGGGAUGAGAACAAGGAUGUAUUCCGCAGCUUUAAGGUUGUUGGACCCGAAGAAAACAUAAGUCAAGGAGAAGCGCGGAACAUGGGCAUGGAUUUGUGCAGAAAGGAUCUUUCAUGUGACUAUUACUUCAGUAUCGAUGCAGAUGUUAUGAUCACCAACCGACAGACCCUUAAACUUCUCAUCGAGCAAAACAGAAAAAUAAUCGGACCGCUUGUCACUCGUCAUGGAAAACUGUGGUCCAAUUUUUGGGGAGCCCUGAGCCUGGAUGGUUAUUAUGCGAGAUCAGAGGACUACAUCGAUAUUGUGCAGGGAAAGCGUGUCGGUGUGUGGAAUAUCCCCUUCAUGGCCCAUAUCUACCUGAUUAAGGGCCAAACUCUGAGGACUGAGCUGAACGAAAAGAAUGUGUUUGUCUUGGAGAGGUUGGACCCUGACAUGGCCAUGUGCAGGAAUGCCAGAGAGUUGACAGUACACAGAGAAAGAGAAUCUCCUUCUCCGGAAUCAUUCCAUAUGCUAAGAGCACCAAAGGGAGUUUUCAUGUACAUUACAAAUCGGCACGAGUUCGGAAGGCUUAUUUCCACAGCCAACUAUAACACAUCUCAUUAUAACAAUGACUUGUGGCAAAUAUUUGAAAAUCCACUGGACUGGAGAGAAAAAUACAUCCACGCCAACUACACACGGAUUUUUACCGAAAACCACUUGGAGCAGCCAUGCCCAGAUGUUUUCUGGUUCCCCGUGUUGACGGAGAAAGCCUGCGAUGAGUUGGUGGAGGAGAUGGAAAACUUUGGAUCAUGGUCUGGUGGAAAACACAAGGACCAGCGGAUCACUGGAGGCUAUGAGAGUGUGCCGACGGACGACAUACAUAUGAAACAGAUUGAUUUUGAGAAUGAGUGGCUGCACUUUAUCAGGGAAUUCAUCUCCCCUGUGAGUCUCAAGGUCUUCUCUGGCUAUUACACCAAGGCCUUUGCCAUUAUGAAUUUUGUGGUGAAGUAUACUCCAGAAAGACAAGCCUAUCUGAGACCACAUCAUGAUUCAUCAACAUUUACUAUUAAUGUAGCUCUGAACAACAAAGGGAUGGACUUCCAGGGUGGAGGAUGUCGAUUUCACAGAUAUAACUGUUCCAUAGAGUCUCCUAGAAAAGGCUGGAGUUUUAUGCAUCCGGGUAGACUCACACACCUCCACGAAGGACUACCUACCACCAGUGGCACGCGCUACAUUGCAGUGUCCUUCAUAGAUCCAUAGGCAUCCACUCACCCUGCUGAAAACCCAUCCUUAACCAGCAUGAGGUGGUUAGCUGGUCUGCCUGCCUGGCCAGUUUGACUGUUUUGCUGGUCUUUGAGGAAAUUUUAGGUGCUAAGGAUUGCUGACCAGAUAAACCAGCUUUAAAAAUCCAGAACCGGCAAGCCACCUCCAACUGGUUUAAUCUUUUUUCUACACUAGGAAUUUACAAAUCUUGUUUGUGUAUUGUCAUCUGUUUGGUUGCGUUCUUGGUUUUUAUGUUUCGUGUGACUGUCGUGUGGUCUUUAAAAACAUUACUACUGUCGAGAGAAAUGGAAAAAAUGCUGAUUAAAAGAAGUUUAUUGAAGGUCACUGUACACAUACACACACUCAGACAGACAUACAAACCUUGGUGAGAGAUUUGACUGUAAUUUUACUGUAACUUUGGCCACACAUUUAAACUGGUUUGGGGUGUUUAGUGUUCACACUCAUUCAUAAUUGCUGCCUUCAAGUCCUCCUAGGAAGUUCCCACAUAUAAAUUCGGAAAUGAUUAUGACAUGAUGUGCAUUCAAGUAAUUUCAGUUGGAAAUAAAGCAGAUGUUUACAGCCUGACUAACAAGAUGAGUGCUAGCACAACAAAAUAAAGAUCAAUGUUAUUUAACAUCUUCUGCUACCAAAGAUAAUAACAGAAAGCAUAAUUUGUUAUGCACCUUGACACCUCAGAUGUUGGAUGACUGAUGCAACAUUUGGCGCAAAUCUCAAAAAUACAAUCAUUCUGACGUAACUUGAAGGUAACAAUAAUUUUACUUUUAGCCACCACACCCCCUGAAAAGUGAAAGGGCAUAGUUUAAUUGGAUGAAUUCAGGUUUAUUUUCGGUUGGUAUGAAGGACCUCUUUGUUAAUGUACUGUAAAAAUAAAUAUGUAUAUGAAGUUGUUAGUGGCGAUGCAAUAACAUGCUUUCAACUGCAGUGCCUGAUCAUAUGUUUACAAAAAUAACAUCAUUGCUAGAGUUACAUGAAUUUUCCAGCAACAAUGAAGUAUGGAUAUUUUGUCAAAGAGUUUGACCAACUUCAACAAAGAUAUAUACAAAAAGCAUUUGUAAUUUUUGUAUAUUUGCACAACAAGGAAGUACAGGAAUUAAAAUAAAUCCUGUUUGGGUUUUUUUAGACAAAUUCUUGUUGAAGUGUUUUAUUGUAAAAUACAAAGUAAAUGUAUUUUAAACUGAGAAUAAUGUUAAAUGUUUUAUAUGUGUCAUCCAGGUCAAUCUCUUAAAUUAUUUUUAAAUCUGGAAAAUAAUAAAAGAUGUUUUGAAAGA